AUGGCCUCUCCGCAAGAAUCAAUUACCACGGUGAGCGGGCGGCGAUGUACUCGCUCCCGGGCCCGAACAGCGGCCACUUCUAUUCUCACUUCGUCCGAGGCCGCCGUUGUCACUCCCACUGAGGUCACCACAUCAUCCACUGCGGCACAGGCGCCGCCAGUACAGACGAGUCCCGCAGAAGCAGCUCCUCCUCCUCCACCUCCGCCUCCUCCAUCUUCAGCGGCAGCAGCGCCGCCCCCGUCUUCAGCUCCAGCAGAACAGCCAGCCGCUGCGCCAACCACGACGCAAUCGGCAGUUUCUUCGGCACUAGGUACGCAAAGUACUGCUCCUAUUCCAUCUGCGCCGCGAAUUCUACUCCCAAAUCCUGCGCCUUCUCAGCAGGCAGUUGCCCCACCGCAGCGACCAGUGCAGGUCAGCGCACCGGCGCCGGCAGCAGAAGCAGUCGUGUCGUCGGUCGCUCAAGUCUCGACACCAGUUCCUGCGUUACUAGCGCCUACAACUCUAGUUCCCACAGUUCCAGUACCGACCAGCUCUAACGCAAUACCCAUAGCUGCUCUACCACCAUCUCUCGACCAGUCUUCGGUGCUCCCUUCCUUCAUAUCCCCUCCUGGGACAGCUGAGUCUGCAGUUCUGCCAUCAUCGCUUGUAGUUGAUGCAAACCCCCAACCGACCCAGAGUGUCUCGCCCUCGGAAUCUACGUCAGCGUCAGCGAACGAGCCAGUUGCUGCACAACCGCGGCCGACCACUUCGGUGUCUCCAGUAUCCACCGGAGAUGCUGCUGCUGGGGUGAUCGGCCCUGCACCUUCAAGUGAAUCCGGUGGUGGACUCACACUACCCACGAGCGGCAAUGCAAAUAUUGGAAGCAUUGCUGGUGGAGUCGCAGGCGGUGUUGCUGGACUUGUCCUCAUUUGUGGACUACUGUUCUUCUGCUUGCGGAAACGAAAAUCGAGGCAGCCACGAUGGGCGGAGAAGAACCUCGAAGGCCCACGGUUUAUGGACAAGAUGAAGGCCAAGGCAGCAGGAGUUGGUGUCAUGUUUGCGAAGGUGAAAGGAUCGAAAAAAGGACCUGCCAAGAACCCAUACCAACGACACAGCCAGCAAGACAGCAUCAGUUCUGUCUACUCAACAGCCGAUUCUCAGGGAUUCUAUGCGCCAAGAGACGUGAAACGCUCUUCAAGUAGGAAGAGCGAAAGAAAUCGACUACGCAAAAAGAACAGCAGCGUUUCUUCGCAGUCGACGUUCGCCGGGAUCCUAGAAGAACAUGAAAGGAGCGCCAAUAACCCAUUCGCAGACCCCGAGCCGCCUAGGCUACUAAGGUUGUCGAAUCCGGAUGCGGCAUCGCCUCGAGGACCACUCACACCCCAGCCAGCACUGACUUCGGUUCAGCCAGCACAAAAUCCGUUUGCCUCAGCGUUCGACGAACCCAAUUUAUUACUGUCGGCGCCCGGGCACCAGCGUACACAGAGUCAAGCGUCUGCACUGACUGCACAUCCGCCAUCCUUCGUAUUCCCUACAAAUCCCACGCGCCGGAAAUCUGUCCCCAAACCCAUGCUCGAUCCGCCGCCACCGAGCCAAGCUUCUGGUCGAAAUCAAGCUCGCCGCUCCUCCAUGGCACUUCCCACCUUCGACGCCACCUCCACAGCAGCGUCCGGUGAGAGCGACUAUUUUGGUGAGCCAGGCCCAAGCCGACCAGGAACUGGCAUGUUUACACCAGGACUGCCCACCGGCCGAACUGUGCGUCAGUCCGAUCCUUUCGAUCUCGACCGUCCUGAAGUCCUCCGCUUUGGUAACGUUCUUGGUCGCAAUGAGGUCCGCGCUAGCGUCACGAGGCAAAACACGCGCAGCAAACGAACAAGCAGCGCAGGCGCAGGCAACUGGUCGAGCGUAAAGGACGCGGCCGCCGGCCCCUUUUCGUGGAAUGUCAUUCCCCGGAGGUGA